UUUGUAUUCCUCCCUACAAAAAUUUAUUUUAAAGCAGUAAGUUACUGAACCACGAUUUUAUUUUGGGUCUUCCUUAAGAAAUAAAAUGUAUUCAUCUAGAUUUCCGAAAUGACAACACUAAAUUUAGCAAAAGAAACCGAAACAUUCCUCUACAAAUGUGAUGGACACUCGGCAAAUAUAUCCCAAAAAUUGUUGAAUUUAUAUAAAAAAGUCGAAUUUUGCGAUACCAUUAUCUAUGCUGGAAGCAAUUCGAUUGAAAUAGAAGUUCAUUCAGUUGUCUUAACUGCUCUCAGUGAUUAUUUUUCUGAAAUAUUUCGUGAUGAGCAAUCAGAAUCCAGAAUAAUAAACCUCCAAGAAAUCGAUGCUUCCGCUCUAAAAUUGGUCAUAGAUUUCUUGUAUUCGGGUUGCAUUGAAUUGAGGCUUGAGACUGUGGAAAGAAUAUUCCGAACGGCGGAAGUCUUAAAGCUGCACGAUCUAUUAAAUGUCUGCUAUGAUUUCAUAGACAAACACACUACACCUCAAAACUGUCUGGAUUUUUUUCGAUUAGCCAAUGAGUUUAAAUUCCCUGCGCUCCAAGACAAUUGUUUGGCCUAUGCCUAUGCUCACUUUGAGGAAGUUAUAAAGCAACAAAAUGUAAUGGUGCUUAGCGAAGAUGAGUUAAAGGAUUUUCUCUUCUAUGAAAAUCCUAUGAAAAACCCGUAGUAACUGUCAGCUGGCAAAUUUGGAUGGAAAUUUGUGCGUUUUUGGAGGAUUGAACAACGAUGAAUUCGUUGAUUUGGGAGAGAUUUACGAUGUUGCGAAAGGCUAUUGGUAUGAUUUCCACGUUUUAUAUAAGCCAAGCAAGAAUUCUAGAAUAUUAGCACACAAUGGAGGGUUGUGCCUUGUGGAUUUUGAAAACGGUCUCUUGCAAUGUUACCAUUUCUUCAACAGUGAGUGGACUUUUGAAGUUUUACCCAAGAGACAACUUAAAAGUUUCAGUUUAGCUGGAAUCGGUACGCAUAUAUACAUAAUUGGAGGCAAGACGAAUGGUGAUCAUGUGAGUACUGUCUUGCGUUAUGAUACAACCAAUAAUAAACUGAGUGAGGUGGCAUCAUUGCCUAAUGCCCGUUCAUCGGUGAAUGCCCACGUUUUUCGAAAUAAAAUUAUAAUUUGUGGCGGUCAUCCGUGUUGGCGAUCGAUUCAAGAGUAUAAUCCUGACAUUGACACUUGGACUAAUUUGAAACCUCUUGAAAUGGAUCAAUAUUACGAGCCGCUAAUUUGUUCUCUAUCUCCUUGGAUCCAAUAAUAAUUUUGUUUUUGAAUUGAAAUUUUCGGGUUGUUAAAAGAAAUUAUCAUUUUUUUACAAAUUAUUGAUUAAUUGAGAUCACCAUCAGUAUCGAUUUACUUAUUGCAUUUGGACUUAUAUAUAUAUAUGUAUUCUUUUCUUGUUAUGGCAAUAGCCGUAUAUGUAUAUUUAAGUUUUGA